GCCAGGCCCUGCGCAAAGGGCUUUGCUAAUGCUUUUCAAGUCUCGCAGCUUUCGGAUGCUGAGGGAGUUUGGAGGUCUCGGUGUUGGGAACUUGGACUGGUACUUUGAACGCCUCUGGUUCCGUUUUUCUUUCCUCACCCAUUGCAUCAACCGUAGCUGUGUCAGCGUGUUAUGAUGCCGUCUCGUACCAACCUGGCUACUGGAAUCCCCAGUAGCAAAGUGAAAUACUCAAGGCUCUCCAGCACAGACGAUGGCUACAUUGACCUUCAGUUUAAGAAGAGCCCUCCUAAGAUCCCAUAUAAGGCCAUUGCACUUGCUACAGUGCUGUUUUUGAUUGGCGCCUUUCUCAUUAUCAUAGGCUCCCUCCUGCUGGCGGGCUAUAUCAGCAAAGGGGGGGCAGACCGGGCCGUUCCCGUCCUGAUCAUUGGCAUUCUGGUGUUCCUGCCAGGAUUUUACCACCUGCGCAUCGCCUACUAUGCAUCCAAAGGCUACCGGGGUUACUCCUACGAUGACAUUCCAGAUUUUGAUGACUAGCGCCUACCCUCAACCCUGAGGAGAAGUGUCACAGAUGGGACCGAGACCAGCUUUAAGAUACUGAGCAGAAACUGUGGCUUAGGGCUAAGGAAUUCUGCAGUUUGCUGAAUUUGCAGACAUCAAACAAAAGAAUGGCCAGAUUUUAUGGGUCCAUCCUCAGGAUGUCAACUGCACUUACAAUACCAAUUAACUAAUUAGGACAUGCUCUAUUUUUUCAUCUCCUGACCCUGGCGAAAGCUGACAAGGGUUUCCACAGGAACAUGCAUCUUGGGAGCACAGCACUGUUAGUGGUGUGGGAAAGCAGGAGGCUGUUCUGUAGCAGGAAGUGUUACUACCACCAUCCUUUUCAGCUUUCAGCAUUUCUUUCAGAUCGUUUUCGUUGUCAGUUUGUUCUGGUGGCAGAUGGAAGAGUCCCAAUAUCUCAAAUUUCAUAUUACUGGUAAUUUUGAAAACAUUGAGGUAUCUUACUCCUACACUUAUCUCUAACUUUCUGUUCUAGUGGAAGACCUUGGCUAAAUCAAGUGUCAGUGUGGGUGCAGUCUUACUUGAUUUCUUAUUAACAGGAGCCAGGACUUUUUAAAAUCUCAGAGCAAGUUUCCAGAAGCUAAACACUUUCUUUGUUCACCAAUCCUUGGUCAGCUCUGAUUUGGUCUAGUAGUAAGCUGGCCAGCAUAUAGUUUGGGUAUUCUGUUCUUUGUAGAUCAAAGAGCCAUGUAUACCAUGCCUUUUAGGACUGGACUUUUGGCUGUUUCCUAAGGAAAAGGUGUAGAUAAAUGGUUAUUAUUUAGAGAUGAUAAGCUGCUUGUUAGCACCUCGUAGUAUGAUGUUGUUCCGCCGAAGAUCCCGAGACUCGACCUGGGUCCCUAGAGGCCGGUAGACUGCCUUAGUUUGGUUCUGUUUCCUAGCUUGCAAAAAGUGACAUACUCAACAGAAAUUAAAAUGCCGAAAUCUAAAUCCUAGA